AUGAAUGAACAGAUCCGACAGUCGGGCUCCCUGAUCUACAGAGCUUCAUUCGUUGAUUGUACUAUUGUCAUCUUGACCAUCGCAUUCCUGUCUCUGAUCCGGACUCGGUACUACCAUAGACUCAACAGGGUUCCUGGCCCCUUUCUCGCCAGCCUGACCAGCCUCUGGAAAUGGAAUGCGGUUCGCCGAGAGAAAAUGGCUUUCAUCAACGCGGAGUUGCACGAGAAGUACGGACCGCUGGUGCGAAUAGGGCCUAAUCACAUCUCCGCCUCCAGCGCAGAAUCGAUUCGUGUGAUCCAUCGAUCCAAGAACGGUUUCACCAAGUCUGCCAUGUAUGGCAUCUUGCAGCCGAAAUUUGAGGGCGUCGACCUGCACAAUAUCUUCUCAACCUAG